GAAUCUGUCGAGACGCCGUGCGAUGCCGUCAUAUACGGUACGGGUUAUCACAUAUCGUAUCCGUUUUUGCCGGACGAGUUGCGACCGGAGCUCAACGCCAACCUUUGGCUAUACAAAGGCGUAUUCAACCCACACCUAAAACACGCGCACACUCUAGCCAUUACAAGUGUGGGUUUGGUUACCGGUGCUAGCAAUCCGUUGGUUGAGCAACAGUCCCGGUAUUUCGCGCUACUGAUGGCCGACAGGUGCCGAUUGCCGUCCGAGAAACGUAUGCUCCGGGAUAACAAGCGCCAGAAGGCGUAUAUUAUUAAACACUGCCCGACGUGUGACAAAACCGCAAUACAAAUGCCGUUUAUUAAAUAUUUGGACGAAUUGGGCCGAGAAAUGGGUGUUAAGCCCCGGCUUUGGAAGUACGCGUUUACUGACCCAAAACUUUGGUAUCGCCUAUAUUUUGGUCCCUGCGUUCCCUAUCAGUACAGAUUAAAUGGUCCCAAUGCAUGGCCCGACGCCAGGGAAGCCAUUAUGACAGUUAACCAUCGGAUUAGAGCACCAUUUAAAACACGGGCUGACAACUAUAUCCUGAAAACUUCAACGAUCAUCGGCGCGGGUCAGUCGGGUUUGGGUGCGUUCAACGCCUGUCGGGAACAGCACUUCGACGCUGUGGUCGUGUAUGAGAGGUCUGACAGUCUGUGCGGUCUGUGGGCUAAUAGAGAGGGGAAUGAUGGCCUGAUGUCGUGCGAGGGCUGCCCACGACUAUUGCCGACAACAACACUAAACAGCAGCAAAGAGAUGACCGCAUACUCGGACUUCCCAUUUCCCAAACACUAUCCCAAUUAUGUUCACCACUCGCUUAUGAGAGAAUACCUGUUAUUAUAUGCGGAGAGAAUCGGUAUCAAAGAUCACGUGAAACUCAGACACGAGUUAAUCGGUUGCCAACAAAACGCAGACUACGACCGGACGGGUCAAUGGAGGCUAACGGUGCGCGACAUCGACAACGACCGGGUGUUCGAUGAAGUGUUUGAUGGCGUGAUUGUAUGCACCGGACGUUAUCACCGGCCAAUUAUACCCGACAUAAAGAACCGGCACUUAUAUGCGGGACGUGUUGUGCACACAAACGCAUUGUCGGACACGACUGGGUUUGAGGGCCAGCGGGUGGUUGUGUUUGGCGUCGGCAAUACUGGCAUCGAUACGGCUAUAGAGAUGUCUAAAGUAUGCGCUAAAGUACACUUAUCGUGUCGCACCGGGUGUUGGGUGUGGCCCCGGGUGGGCCCGCACGGGCUACCAUCGGACGUAAUGGGAUUGAGACGUUGGAUUGAAUCGCUGUCUGUGGGCUGUAUGUACCCACUGGCCAGUUGGGUGGCCACAACUUAUAUCAACGCCGCCAUAUUUAAUCACAAUCUGUACGGCCUAAAGCCCCGGCACCGGGUGUUUUCGCAGUCGCCCAUACUUAGCGAUGAUCUGCACAAACUGGUCAUUAGGGGUGCAAUUAUUAUGAAGACAAACAUACAGCAAUUUACAGCGACUGGGGUUAUUUUUGAAGGCGAAACGGUUGAGACGCCGUGCGAUGCCGUCAUAUACGCCACGGGUUAUCACAUGUCAUUACCGUAUUUGCCGGAUGAGUUACGCCCGGAGCUUAACCCCAAUCUUAAGCUAUACAAACAUAUAUUCAAUCCACACCUUAAACACGCACACACUCUGGCCAUUACCAGCCGUAUAACACCAUUUGGUGCCGCAUUACCAACGCUUGAGCAACAGUCCCGGUAUUUCGCGCUACUGAUGGCCGACAGGUGCCGAUUGCCGUCCGAGAAACGUAUGCUCCGGGAUAUCAAACGCUGGAAGGCGUGGGUUAUUAGACACUACCCGACGUAUGACAAGUACUCAACAUAUUUUCGAUAUAUUAAAUAUAUGGACGAAUUGGCCGACGAAAUGGGUGUUAAACCCCGGCUCUGGAAAUACGCGUUCACUGACCCUAAGCUCUGGUGGCGCCUAUACUUUGGUCCCUGCGUUUCCUAUCAGUACAGAUUAAAUGGUCCCAAUGCAUGGCCCGACGCCAGGGAAGCCAUUAUGACAGUUAACCAUCGGAUUAGAGCACCAUUUAAAACAUAUGCACAUAAC